ACCUUGCCAGUCCAAUGCCAGAACUUGUGUGCUUAAACACAAAAUAUAUAGUCUCUAGAAUAUAGGCUUCCUGAAGUCAGACAUACUUGAAUUCCUGACAGGAAAAACAUAGAUUUAAGUUUAUAGAAGAUGGUCAAUAAAUUUUUGGUAAGUAAUUGUUUCAUUAUUUAGAAUUUUUUAAGAUCCCUAAGAGAUCAAAUUGUGUAUAUUUCUUUUCUAUUUUCCAUUGCUGCUCAAGUAAUGCUUCCUCACUGACUAAUCAGCCAAGUUGAGGAGAACUUCUCUAUGACAGAACUCCACUGAGGAAGCCAGACUUCCUCGGUGAGAGCAAUCUUCAGAAGGCUGUCCUCAGGGCAGAAUUAAACCAGUGAGAGCCCCUGGGUGUUCCACUUCUUUCUGGUGGCCCUCUCUUUCCACGUCGCAGAGCACUGAAGAAAUAUGGAAGGAGCCAACCUGAGCCGAGGGACUGAGUUUGAGCUUUUGGGGCUCACCAGGGACCCCUGGCUCCAGAAGCUGCUCUUUGUGGUGUUCCUGGGCAUGUACACUUUCACACUGCUGGGGAAUCUAGUCAUGUUUCUUCUGAUCCAUGUAAGUGCCAUGCUGCACACACCCAUGUACUCCCUCCUGAAGAGCCUCUCCUUCUUGGAUUUCUGCUACUCCUCCACGGUUGUCCCCCAGACUCUGGUGAACUUCUUGGCCAAGAGGAAGGUGAUCACCUAUCUAGGCUGCGUGGUUCAGAUGUUUUUCUAUGCGGGUUUUGCCACCAGUGAAUGUUAUCUCAUUGCUGCCAUGGCCUAUGACCGCUAUGCGGCUGUUUGUAACCCCCUGCUCUACCCAAUUGCCAUGUCUCCUACGGUCUGUGCCUCUCUGAUUGUGGGAUCCUAUGGUGCGGGAUUUCUUAAUUCUCUGAUCCACACAAGCUGUAUCUUUAGUCUGAAAUUCUGUGGUACUCAUGUGGUCACUCACUUCUUCUGUGAUGGACCACCCAUCCUGUCUCUGUCUUGUGUGGACACCUCACUGUGUGAAAUCUUGCUCUUCAUUUUUGCUGGUUUCAACCUUUUGAGCUGUACCCUCACCAUCUUGGUCUCCUACCUCUUAAUUCUCAUCACCAUCCUGAGAAUGAACUCAGCCCAGGGCAGGUUCAAGGCCUUUUCCACCUGUGCUUCCCACUUCACUGCUGUGUGCCUCUUCUAUGGCACAACACUUUUCAUGUACCUGCGCCCCAGGUCCAGCUACUCCCUGACCCAAGACCGCACAGUUGCUGUGAUCUACACAGUGGUGAUCCCACUGCUCAACCCCCUUAUCUACUCUUUGAGAAACAAGGAUGUGAAAGAAGCUUUAAGAAAAGUUUGGGAAAGAAAAAUAAUGGAAUGA